AGGCAACCAUUUCUUUGGCUAGUAGACCCGAGCUAGACGUUUGUGUGUGUUUCAAACUGUCCAUUCGCGGGUAUAUGGCAAAAACGGCCGCUUUUCUUUCUUACCCAGGUGUCCCCACUACUCUUUAAAAAUUCCGCCGAAAAAGAGGAGACGAUCUUCCAAAACCUUCAAGCCGUUAUCUCACGGCUCCCCUCUUUCUCUACAGGUGUAUAAGCGCUACCCAGAAGGCCUAGGGAAGGCACUCUACCGCGAGCAAUUCGACUUCAACGCGGAGCCGCCUUGGGAUCCUAGCUGAUAGCGGGAGAAACCCAUCUCCCAGCUUGUCCAUUUUGUUGCAUAUUCACAGGACCCAAAGGCUCAGUACACUCUCUAUGAUUGUCGGAUCUGCGGACUACGGUUGAGAUGAAAGGAUUUACUGAUGAACUGAACUACGUUGUUGAACUGCUUGAGGGAGGAACAACCCUCGACGAUGUCGUUGACAACCACAUUUAUGAACAAGCUUUGGCUGAAAAAAAUGCAUUUGUUGUGGCUGACCUCGGUGCAUUGCUGCAGCAACAUGUCCUCUGGCAGAGCACCCUACCCCUAGUUCGACCGUUCUACCCUGUCAAAUGUAACAGCAGCCCUGCAGUCAUCGAGAUUCUGGCUGCUCUAGGAGUCGGUUUCAUGUGUGCGAAUAAGGCUGAAGUCUCAAUGGUACUCAACCAUGAUGUCUCUCCUGAGAACAUCAUCCUUUCUGGUGUUUGCAAACAGCAGUCACACAUCAAACAUGCUGCCAAGAACGGUGUGAACUACCUGGUGUGCGAUAACGAGGCCGAGCUCGGGAAAAUCGCCCGUGCUCACCCGAAUGCUAAGCUUCUCCUGCAGUUAUGCACAGAGGCACAAACAGAGGAGGCCAGCAUGCUGUUUGGCUGCUCGCUGAAAAGUUGCAGGCACCUUUUAGAAGCUGCCAAAGGGAUGGGUGUGGAUGUGAUUGGAGUAGUGUUCCAAGUACCAGCAUCAUGUAAGGACCCUCAAGUAUAUGCCCAUGCCCUGUCUGAUGCCCGCUGUGUAUUUGAUAUGGGGGAGGAGCUUGGGUUUAAUAUGGAGGUUUUGGAUAUUGGGAGUGGAUUCAGUGGCUCUGAGUAUCAGUUGAAACAGAUCCAUGCUGCUAUUAGACCUUUGCUUGAGGCCUAUUUUCCUGUUAAGUCUGGAGUACGAGUGAUUGCUGAGCCAGGAACCUUUUACGUGUCUUCCUCUUUCACCCUGGUUGUAAAUGUCAUUGGCAAGAAACUAGUAGCCAGAGAUCUUCAUGGUGAGUCUAAAGAGCUGACUCUAAGCGAUGACCCUGAGUUUUUGUACUAUUUGAGUGAUGGUGUAUUUGGAUCUUUCGUUGGCAAGCUGUUGGGAAACAUCAUUCCAUCUCCCUCAGUGCACAAGAUGUCACUCUCCGCAGACGAGCCGGUGUUCUCCAGUAGUCUGUGGGGUCCAUCCUUUGACGUUUUGGACCAGGUGGUGGAGCAUUGCCUUCUUCCUGAGCUCUCUGUGGGAGACUGGCUCAUCUUUAAAAACAUGGGGGCCUGUGGUCAUGAGGAGACAGCGGUCAUCAGCGACUCAGAAAAACCAUCCAUGUAUUACACCAUUUCUGAAAGCUCCUGGUUCGAGAUGCAGGAGGCUGGAAUCUCACUUGACAACACCAUGAAGAACUUUUCAUUAGUCCCAUAUGGCGUGUAGUUGAAAACUCUGGCUCUGACUCCUAACCUGGGCAUUUGAAUGGCUUCUACAGCGAAUAAACCAACAGCCAUAAACAGAGCAGUUAAUGCUUAGCUACUAAGAAAACAUGAUGACCAGUGGCAUUUGGGAUCACGAAAUAAUUGUCCUUGUCUUAGGUUCUCACAGUUUAUUGGUCGAAAUGCGUUUUUUUUUUUUUUUUCUUGUCAGCCAAACGGAAGAGUCAAAAAGCCUCAUAUUUAGUAAUAACAUAUGCAACAAAAUGGAUGGCUGUGGAGAUGGGAUCCUGUCUUUGGGUUUCUUUAUCAAAAAUCGUUUACAUAAGUGUUUAAUUAAUUUAAUUAUUUACUGAUUACCUGCUGAUGGUCUUGUAAAUGAGUUGUCUGUUGCACCAUUAUGCACUUGUGUAUAUUAAAAUCAAAUGUGAUUUUAACAAGUUAUUUUAGAAGAUAGAAUCAAGUGUGUUACAGCCCUGUGUGUAAAUCAGCACAGUGAAAUUUCGAUAUUAAUUUGUUGUAUUCGUGCUUACCCCUCACUGUUGUAUAUGGGUUUGAAGAACUGUGGAGUGCAACUAAACUCAUUUGAUUAAAUUUCCACUACAGUGCUUGUGGCACUAUUUCCCAGUAUUGCUAUGUAUUUCAAACUGUUCCUUGAUUGUGUGCCAUGAUCAAGUUUGUCACCUCAAAAGACUCUUAGUAAGAACGUUGUUGGUAGGCACCUGCCCUUUUCCGUUGUGUAAAUACCACAUCUGUAUGUUUGACAUUAAAGUAACUUCUGGGACUGGGACUUGCUUGGUGAUUCCAAGCAAGAUUACUCAAACCUAUGCUCGAAGUACCAGUAACAAUUUCUAAACAUUCAGCAAGAGUCAUGCAUUUUAUUAUCAAUAGCGAUUUAAGAUUUGGUCAUGUCCUUUGGUUGCGUUUGUUACCAAAAUCAAUCAUUUAUUAUUCUAUUAAAAAAAACAAAACAUUCAUAGUGCUUUUGAAGCAGUCUCUUCCAAGAGAUGUUUUGGGGCUUGGGGGUGUGUUGGUUUUUUUUAAUUAGUAUUAUUUAUUUAUUUAUUUAUUUUUAUAGAUGCUAUAAAAUUACACCCUUUAGAUUUAGUAUUUGUUUUUAAAGCUUAAUCAGCUUCAUAUUAAAAUGUAUCACAGUACACCUAGAUCAUAUCUUAAAAUGCUAUUUUCGUUCCCGAAAAUGCCCAUAUCUCCACAGUGGGAAAUGAAAUCACCCUGUUAGAAAUGUAAAAUAUUUUUAUCUAAGGAAAUAAUCAUGGAUCAUGGCCUGUUUUUGACUGUAAUAUUGUGUUAAAAUUUAUGAAAGUACUAACCUUAAAAUAAUACAUUUCCUAGUCUGA